AUGGAACCUCAUGAAACUGAGCUGUUGAUUGAAAACAAAGAGGAUUCAUCUGUAAACAAAGAAAUAAAUGACCUUAACCAGGAUGAAAAACUUACAGAGUCAACAGAUACAACCAAUAAAAAUAUUCCAAACCUGUAUAGUCAGAUAUAUGAAGAUUUAUCUCAAACUAUUGAAACUGAUGAAAAUAAACUUAACUUAGAUCUGAUAACGGAUGAUGAUGAUGAUGACCUUAAUGGUUACAAUAUACAAUUGAGAUGGGAUGAUGAUGAGGAAGAUGAGGAAGCUCUUCUUAAUGAUACACCUAUUGAAGAUACAUUAGAUACAUUUCAUACAAUACAAAGUGAAGUACAACAAGAAGUUACUGAAAGUAAAAGCACAGUUGAAGGAAAUCAUGAAAAAGAUUUAAAAAACUUAGAUGAAAAUGUAGAGAAGAAUAGUAAAAAUAAUACAUUAGGUACAACUUUUAAUAGUUUGAACAACAUACCAACUGACUCUACAGAAGAGGAGAAGCUAUGUGAUAUAAAUAAUACAGAAACAAUUUGCUCUAAAGAAAAUUUGGAUAUUCAAACUUCUGAAACUGGAGCUGAUAAUAUGAAUGUUACUAAUAUUGGUACAGUUUUAGAAAACACUCUUAAAGAUACUGAUGACUGUCAUGAUAAACUUGAAAUUACUAUAAAGUCAACUGAACAAAAACAGACAAUUAUAAAUAGUGAAAUUAAAGAAUCCUCUAAUAUGGAUAUUCCAAUUCAAGAGUUGAGAGAUAAUAUGGACAAUACUGAUGUUGUAUCACAAAGUAAUUUAUCCAGUGUAUCACCAUGUAGUACCAAGUUUGAUAGCAAUCCUGUAGAAGAGAAGUCAAAUAUGAUUCUUGAUGAUGAAAAUAUAGAAAAUAUUUAUAGCUAUGUAAAACAAAUAACAUCAAAAGACACAUCAAAAAUAGAAAUUAAUAUGGAAACAAUACAGAAAGAGAAUACAAGUGGCUUACAAGACUCUAACACGGAAAUAAAUAAAAAUAAUUUGGAGUUAGUAACUGGAAAUAAACAAAAUGAAAUAAACCCAGGCUCAAAUGAAAAUAUCAGUAAAGAUAAGUUAGAAGCACUACUAUCAGAUGAACAAUCAGUUUUGAAAGAUGUAUCUGCUUCUCAAGAUAUGAAAAUAUCUGUUAUUGAUGAAACAUUGGAUGUAAAUGAACAACAAAUAGAGGCCUCAAGUAAACCUACUUUAGAUAAAGAAUUAGGCACAAACAAUAAAUUAAAAACUGAAGAUAAACCAGUUAUCAACAUUGAUCUGCAAGUGCCACCUUCCAUUGAUGAUAAUCAGUCAAAUAUAGAUCAAGUAAACCCAGUUGAACCUUCAACAUCUUCUGAGGUACAAUUAAGUAUAGAUGCACAAAAUCAACAAUCAGCAUUAGAUAAGAUGGUAGUGGUAACAGAUGUUACAGAUAGUUUAGGAUUGCUAGCUGAGUCAUCAAGAGUUAUAGAAGAUGAUGAAGAAGCUGAUGAAGAUGAAGAUGGAGAAGAUGAUGAGGACUUUGAUCCAGAUGAUGAAAGUAGUAACCAAAUGACAGCUGAUCACUCCGAGGAUUCAAACCCACAAUAUUCAGAAGCUGAGACAAAGGAUAACGAUGAGAAAGAACAAGAAUCACCAGAGGUGAAGAAUGAAGAGUUUGACUAUGCUAUGACUAAUGAUGCAAGUAUUGAUAAAGACAUGGACAUUGAUGAAGUACAAUGUGCAGAUGUUGACAUGAGCACAGAGGUAAAUAUGGCAGAUGAUAAUAUAGAGACAACAGACAAUGCUUUACCAGAGCCAGAUGAAGCAGCAAAACCAGAAAUGGUUGAACCAUUAAAAUCUGAGUCACCAAAAAAUGUAGAAUCAGAGGAUACACCAAGUGUUUGUGAUGAUGCCGUAGCUGAAACCACGCAAAGCAUAAAUAUAUCAGAGUCGACGUUGUCAACAGAUAACAAAAUGGAGACAGAUGUGGACAAGAACAAACAAUCACCAACUAAAUCGAAGCUCAUGAUCUCUCAACAGAAGAACAUCCUAAAUAUUGUUGAUUUGGAGGAAAGCUCUGAUGAUGAUGUACAAGAAGUUGAGAAGGAAAUAAAACCAAAGGUGGAAGUGCCACAGCCAAGUCCUACAGAUGAAGUGAUAAGUGUGAACAUACCAAAAGAUGUUGAAGUCAUGUGCACAUCGGGCGGAGAUACCUCCGAAAUCGUCAGCAAACAAGGGGAGCUUGUAAUCAGCGGAUUACCGAAACCACCUCCUAUGAAACCAGCUAGGUUGAAUACGGACGAAGUGACUAUUAAAACGGCUAGCACUCCAGCCGAGUCCACAUUGGUUAUACCAGAAACACAGCAGCCUGUAGAUGAUGCAAGCGUACCGAAAUUGGGUCUUGAAAUAUUCAGCUUAGACUCAGACGAGGAAGAUGCGACUGCCACAGCGCCAAAAGAAAUACCCCAAGUACCGCGUCCAGAAUCACCAAAGGAGCUGACAGCUGUGGAAAUAGAGAAAGCGCGCGAAAACAAUAGAUGUAUUAAUUACUCCUGCAAAAAUACUCCUGGGGUAGCCUACUUUCAAGCGGAUGCGGCCGUUGUGGCCUACUACGACGCGUCGCGUAAACGAAAGGCAACCGUAUGCCAGAUUUGUGCUGAUGCUGUCACAAAGAGAACACAGAACCUUAUCAACGGCAUCAAAGAUUUCACUCCUCUCCUUGAGUUGGAUAUGAGCAAGUUGUCACAGGAGUUGGUCGAGAUAUCCGAUUCGGAGUCUGAGGAUGAAGCAGAUACCUCGGAUGAACCGAAGGAGACCAUUGGAGAGGCAGGUGCUAAGUUAUUAGAAGAGCAGUUGGCUGAUAUAAUAAAUGAAACAUGGAAGAAGUACAAGAUGGACCAGCGGCUCUCCAAAACAGAGGAUGACCUCAACAAACAACUAAGCUUGUUAGAAGAGGAGGGCAAAGAGAUUGACACAUUACUGAACGAGUGCCAGCGGGCGACGGACAAGCUCCGCAGUGAUCUGUACGUUACCUUUGAACCUAAACGGCACGUAUUACCCCCUCUGGUAAUAAUCGACACGCUCAACAACGUGUAUACAACGACUGAACAGGCAUUAUCAGAAAAUAACGCGGCUGUAGCAGAUAAUCGUCAGAAACGUCGUUUGUCAAACGCAAGCGAGUCGACCAGCAAACGGCCAGCUAUUCCGCUCGGCUAUGCACCACUCGAUGCUACCACCCUGACCGCUACCACCGCGACCGCUACCGUUCCUGCUAUCACCUCUGACAAGCCACUGGAAACAAAGACUACAGCUUUGGACUCAUCUAAGAUCGACGAUGAUAAAGAUAUAUCCGUAGUGAAGUUAUCGGCAGAAGCCGCACCGUCGGACCUUCCUCCACCGGGCGAGUGCACACGGGCGCCACUGCGUGUCGGUAUGAGUGUGUACGCAAUACGUAACGUGUUCGGAUCCUGGUCGCUUGCCAAGAUCACUGAAUGUCAACCGAGGACCAAUAUGCACCAGUUCACAAUAUGCCGCGUGAGGUUCGAGAACCGUACGAAGAACAUUAGCAGGAGUACGCCGGCGCGGUGUCUCGCGUACUGCGAGCCGGCCGACUGUAGGCUCACUAUUGGUACCAGAGUGAUAGCGUUGUUCAAAGACACCAGCAACGAAAGGAAGAAGGACUCCUUCUACUCUGGUGUAGUUGCUGAAAUACCAAAUCCAGUCAACAGUUACAGGUACCUAGUGUUCUUCGAUGAUGGAUACGCACAAUACGUGCGGCACGCAGACGCGCGGUUGGUCUGCGAAGCGUCGCCACUAGUAUGGGAGGAGGUGCACCAGUUUUCACGUGAUUUCGUUCGCCAGUACCUCACCGCGUACCCCGAGCGGCCAAUGGUGAGGCUGCACGCUGGACAGAGCCUCAAGACGGAGUGGAACGGUAGGUGGUGGACCUCUCGUGUAAUAAAGGUGGAUGCUUCGCUGGUACAAGUCCAUUUUGAGGAGGACAACCGCACCGAAUGGAUAUACCGAGGGUCAACUCGUCUAGCGCCCUUAUACUUAGAACUACAAGCAGCCGAGCGGCAUCGGGCUCGCCCUAUGCCGCGCAAUAAACAGUUGAAGUCAAAUAUGCCAUAUGUGGAAUACACGCGGUCCGAUGAAAAUAAAGCGACGGAGAACACGCAAACACAAACACAAACACAAGAGGAGAUACGUCGGCAGCGAGCUGUUGCUAAGAAGUCGACCACUGUCGCUUGUCAGGCGGUGGUGGCGCCGCCCGCCAUACCCACCAACCUCGACAGCGUCACCAGCAGAGUUGUAUAUUACACGCCAAAGAAUGCGGUCAAACCGUACAAAAUGGUGCCCCACGUCUGCGGUCCGAAGUGUAAAAGAACUGAUGUCCUGGCUCUGAAGGAGCUGAGGACAUACAAUCCACUGGCCAGGCCGCUACUCAGCGGCUGGGAGAGACAGAUAGUGCGUUAUAAGGGCCAGAAGGAAGUGAUGUACCGCGCACCGUGCGGUCGACGUUUGCGCGGAAUGCGCGAGCUACAUGGAUAUUUGUCCCGAGUUGGUUCCGACCUGCCCGUAGAUCUGUUCGAUUUUGCACCAAAUACGCACUGUCUCGCCGAGUUCGUGCUCAACAAGUGUUUGGUUGGCAAGAAGGAUUUGUCCCAUGGGAAAGAAAACGUUCCGGUACCAUGCGUGAACUACUAUGACGACUCGUUACCGGAGUUCUGUUCGUACAACACGGAGCGCGUCCCCACAGCUGGGGUUCCACUCAACUUGGACCCAGAGUUCUUGUGCGGAUGUGACUGCACAGACGAUUGUCAGGACAAAUCCAGAUGUGGUUGCUGGAAGAUGACGCUAGAGGGCGCGCGGACCAUCGGCCUGGACGGACCCAACGUAGGCUACGCGUAUAAACGACUUCCGGAACCUCUACCUUCGGGUAUAUAUGAAUGUAACUCCAGAUGUAAAUGCAAACAGACGUGUUUGAAUCGCGUCGCUCAACAUCCAUUGCAGUUGAAAUUACAGGUGUUCAAGACCCUCAAUCGUGGCUGGGGUAUUCGGGCUCUGAACGAUGUACCUAAAGGCGCCUUCCUCUGCGUGUACGCUGGUAACCUACUAACUGACGCAACCGCCAACUUAGACGGUUUGAACGAAGGUGACGAAUAUCUGGCGGAGCUUGACUACAUCGAAGUGGUGGAACAGAUGAAGGAGGGCUACGAAGAUGAUAUCCCAGAGGCAGACAAGAAACUUGACAAAGCUGGUGCUCAGGAUGAUGACGAUGAUGACGAGCCGUCGUCCAGCUCGGACGAGGAGAGCCAGAAGAAGGAAAGACAAGAGGAUGAUGACUUUGAACCGGGACACAUAGGACUGGGCCUUCAGGAAUUCAAUAAGCGUCUACGUAUACGUAACAAGGAGAAGAAGGAUAAAGUUAAAGCAGAACAAAUAGAGAAGGAGAAAGCGGAGAAGGAGAAAGCAGAGAAGGAGAAGGACAAGAACGCCGAAGACGACUGUAUUACUAUUAGCGAUGAUGAGGAAGUUCGGGAACCCUCCAGCUUUAUGGCACAGGCGGGAAUGAAAUCAAAUGAAUUUGUGCCUAAAUAUAGGUCUGUACGUACACUGUUCGGUGAAGAUGAGGCGUGUUAUAUCAUGGACGCAAAGGUUCAAGGCAACAUUGGCAGAUAUCUCAAUCACUCCUGCACCCCCAAUGUGUUUGUCCAAAAUGUAUUCGUGGACACGCACGAUCCUCGGUUCCCGUGGGUUGCGUUCUUCGCUCUCUCCCACAUCCGCGCAGGCACCGAGCUCACCUGGAACUACAACUACGACGUGGGUUCGGUUCCCGGGAAGGUGCUCUAUUGUUACUGCGGGGCGCCCAACUGUAGAGGACGAUUGUUAUAAAUUAAAUGUCCGUAUGUGUUAAUCAGAGAUAGGAAUUUAGAUAUUGCCCGCCAAUUAUAUUUUUAUCCGCUGCCUAUUAUGAAUAAUUUUGACUGCUAGAAUACAAUCUAUUCGUACUUUAUUUUGAAAUAGCUUGACGAUGUUUCUCGUUUUAAAUAGAUUUGAGUUAUUAGUACGGUUUACAACACACUUUCAAAUGCUUUACAAACACUUAAAACAUAGCGUAAUAUUUUAUAAGCUAACUCGAAAUAUUUGUUUACUUAAUUUUCUUAUUAAUAUAAGUACCGAAUUUAUAAAAUGUAUAAUUUUAAGUAUUGAACUGAAGAACUACCAUUUCUCAUAUAUGGGAAUGUUAAUAAGUUAUUACUACCAAUAUCUGUAAGUAGUUAAUCGCCAAAAAUCUUUACUAUAAUUUGAAAAUGGUCGCAAAAUAAUGAGGAUUGAUAACUGUUUUAAUUGUAGAAACCCUCAAAAGCCGAACGAAAGUGUGUUACAGAAACUUCAAACGGCAACAAGCCUAUUUUAGGCUGCUGAUAUUCGAGUCACAGUGUUAAAAAAAAUAACCUGAAACAGUUACACAAUCAGUGAGUUAUAAGGUUGCCUAAAUGCAACUAACGUUCCGGCGGACGUUCUUAGGGAAAUUGAUGGCAUGACAGCUAUACAUACGUGGUAUAUACGUAUAUAUGGUAUACCUGACGGCUAUUAUGUGUAUCACACGAGAUAUAGGACAGAGAAUUAGGGAAUUUGGCCUACAGUUGGGGUAUAUAAUCCAAUGCACAUAAAUAAUAUGUUGCCUUUGAAUCUUCUUGUCCAUGAUUGCAUUUUUAUACUUCGUUAAAUAGUGUAAUAGUUAUAGAAAUAUUUUAAAUUUCAUAUCGUGUUUCCAUCAAGCUGUUAUUGUAUUUAUGUCUUUAUACUGAUUGUAUUUAUGAUACGUAUAUGUAUAAUACAUUUUAAAAGUCGAUAAGUGAACUAUAUUCUCGUCCGUAAAUAAAAAUAAUUUAGUUUUUUUUAGAAACGAUUAUGUUCAAUCUUUAUAGCUUUUGAUUACGGAAAUAUAGUCUAUUGACCCGAACAAUUUAAAUUAAUUCAGUUUUAUUAAAUCUGUAUAGCAAGUAAGUGAAGUUAAGAUCAAGGCGUACGCGUCCAUCUGAUACGAAGACGAUUGAAGACUGCAUUUGAGCACCUUUAUGCACUAGUUGUCUGUGCAAUGACUGGAUAUAUAGUGUAUAGUUUGAAAUAUGUAAAUACAGUACUAGUGAGUAAAUAAAU